AGUUGAAGUCAUAUACUUCUCUCCAUUUUUAGUUUAUGCUCUGCUCUUCAUCAUCUUCCUUCCGAUCUGCUCUCUCCAUUUCUUUGUGAAAAAAACCAACAUGGUAUCAGAGCCUUUCUUGAUCUUUGAGGGCUUGUGUGAGAGAGAUUUGAGAAAAAUAUACCACCAUAAACUCAGGCCAAACCCAAAUAGUAUCCAACAAGUGUUUCUUUCAAAAUACCCAUUUUUCUGACCCAACACAGCGAACUCCUCUGAUAAAAAAUGCAGCAAAGAUGUUGCGAUGAUGAAGUUGUGAAGUUGAAGGUUAACUUGAUGUCCUUCAAUCUUCUUGAGGCAAAAGAUCUACAAGAAGCAAGAGCAAAAGGUGCUGGUUUAAUGAUGUUUUAUGUUGCUGGUAUGGGUGGUGUUUUAUGCUACAACAUUAGUCCAAAAAAGCAAGGAUGGCUUGUCAAGAAAAUGCAACUUAGUUCCAAAACCUCCAAAAUUUGUUUGAGGCAGCAAAUCCAAAGAAGGAAAGCUAUAAUGAAGGAGGAGCUAAGCUUUAACACCAAGGAGGAGUGUUGGAGUUGUGGUGUUCAAGUUGCCAAAGUAGCAGCAAAUGAAAAUGGAAGCUGCACAAAAUGGCAACAAAAUGAAGAAGGGAGAGCUGCACCAACAGCACAAUAACAGCAAGCUAAGCUGCAAAUGUUGAGAAAUUGCGACUGAAAUGAAAUGUAAAGGAAAUGCAAAUGCAAAUGAAAUGAAAGGCUGCAAAGCGGCUGCAGAGCUGCCAAAGGAUGCAAGUUGCAGCAAAAGUGGCUGUUACAUAUUCAAAUUUCAAAUGUAAUUUUAUUGUUUUUUAAUGUAUAAUAGUUGUUUGAAUUUGAAUUGUUUUAAAGAUUGUAUUCUCCCAUAUAUAAGAGAGUUGGUUAAUGAGAAAAUUUGAGUUAAAGUCAUAUACUUCUCUUCAUUUUUAGUUUAUGCUUUGCUCUUCAUCAUCUUCCUACCGAUUCUCUCCAUUUCUUUGUGAAAGAAAGAAAAAAAAAAAACAACAUCAUCUUCCUUUCCAUCUUUGUCUUCGUCUACCUCGUUACUCAUGACCAAACACCCUAAUGGGAGAUGUAAUGGGAGGCAAAGCACAAUCUGCUUUUGUUGGUGGGAGAUGUAAACUUGUUUUUGGAAUCUUGGAUUAGGAGGAUUGUUCUGUAAACAAGAAAUAUAGACCUUAUUAAGGA